AUGGAUACCAUAAUUGACCUGAAAGAUGCCUCCAAGGCGCUGGAUCUCUCAAACAUCCGCUUUCAAUUGAUCCGUCUAGAGGAUACAAUAACCUUCCACCUGAUUGAAAGGGUCCAAUUCCCCUUGAACAAGAGUAUCUAUGUGCCUGGCGCCGUAGACUUUGGCUCUGAUCAAAGCCUGAGCUUCAUGGACUGGUACCUGCGCGAGCAAGAGAAGCUGCAGUCCUUGAUUCGCCGCUACGAGGCUCCCGACGAGUAUCCUUUCUUCCCCGACGCCCUCCAGAAACCCAUUCUCAGACCUCUCGACUACCCCCAGAUUCUACAUCCUAACAACGUCAACGUUAACGAGGAGAUCAAGAAGUUCUACGUCGAGAAGUUUCUUCCCGCCGUGUGCCCGGAUUUUGGCCGGGGUGACAGCGGCGAGUCGGCCGAGAAUUACGGAUCUUCAGCUACCUGCGACAUUGCUUGUCUCCAGGCUAUUUCACGCAGGAUACAUUUCGGCAAAUUCGUGGCCGAGUCCAAGUUCCAGUCUGACCCAGAACUGUACAAGAGGCUGAUCAGGGCUGGUGACCGAGAUGGUAUUGGAGAGUCCAUAACGAAUGCCGCCGUAGAGAAGCAGGUGCUCGCCCGGCUUCGCCUUAAGGCACAAACAUACGGCACUGACCCAUCUUCCACCAAUAGAGAGAGCGCCGGGAAGAUCAAUGCCGAUGCAGUAGAAUCAAUGUACAGGGAUUUUGUGAUUCCCAUAACGAAAGAGGUCGAGGUCGAGUACCUCAUGCAACGAUUAGAUUAG